GAUUGCUGAUCAGCGUGAUAUUCGGAAGUCGGCGGCAGCAUCAGUCGCAACACAUACGGGUGACGAACAACAACAAGUUGGAGCUGGGUGUGCAUAAUCGAGUGCAUGUCGAACGCGCGCUGUCUUUUUCACCACGGUCCCGUUAAAAUAACGUCUGAUUCGAAUUCGAAAGAUAUUUGCAAAAUAAGUAUCAGAAAAAACGCGAGUGCUUGGGGAAGUGGCCAACAUUAAUAAGCGAGAGAUAUCUGGCUCUGAAAAUCCCCAUCAGGGGCUGCUAAUGAAUAACAAAAAGCGGGACAAGCAGACCGCCCAAUGCCAGAAAAUAAAUAAAUUUGGCUUUUUCAGUGUCUACAGCGGCAACAGCGUCGGCGGUUGAUGUGCAGAAGUGUAGCAAAGUACACAUACAAAUAAGGUGUGAUAAGUGCGUGAUAAUUUUCGAACAAAGCCCAAAGAUAGAUUGCCUCAAUGUGCUAAUCAAAUUUCAGUUUUGGUUUUGGUUCAACAACUGAAAACUACCAAGCCAAACGCACAGAAAUCCAAUCAAGUCGCCCAACUGGCAUUGCGUCGGGGUUACAAAUAGCGUCAAUUUGUAAAAAUUAUAUCCCUUAAUUGAAACAAACAAUAUUCACAAGUGCGAAAAAUUAACGAAAUAGCUGGGUUUUUUUUAUUUAUUAAUUUGGAACACCACCGCAGCUGCAACAACGGCGGCCGGGAGAAAAAUUUCUGUUUGGACCGGCUGGAAAACCAGCGAGUGGCGUCAAUUGUGGAGUUUUUUAAUCCCCAACUAACUCCGGCCGAUAUGGACCCCGAGUCCCAGUGUCCCCAGUACGGCGAGGUGAAUCAGCUGGGCGGCGUCUUCGUCAACGGUCGACCGUUGCCAAACGCCACGCGCAUGCGAAUCGUGGAACUGGCUCGCCUCGGCAUUCGCCCAUGCGAUAUAUCACGCCAGCUGCGAGUGAGUCAUGGCUGCGUUUCGAAGAUACUGGCUCGUUACCACGAAACAGGCUCGAUACUUCCUGGCGCCAUUGGCGGCUCCAAGCCCCGCGUGACCACCCCGAAGGUGGUCAACUACAUUCGCGAGUUAAAGCAACGGGAUCCGGGAAUCUUUGCCUGGGAAAUACGGGACCGGCUGCUUAGCGAGGGCAUCUGCGAUAAGACAAAUGUUCCCAGCGUCAGUUCCAUAUCGCGCAUUCUCCGCAACAAACUGGGAAGCAUUGGACAUCAUCACAGCGGCAGUUCGGCAGCACUAGGUGUGAACUCCAAUGGCAGCGGGGGCGGAGGUGGUGGUGCAACCAACAACAUGGGCAUUAGCAACGGCUCCGCCGGACAGCACACACACUCCACCCACCAUCAUCAUCAUAGCCACCACACAGCAGCGGCGGCAGCUGCCAGUGCCCAUCAUGCGCAUCUCUACAAUUCCAUUUAUCAGCCGUAUAGCGCAGCCGCAGCGUACAGCAUGAAGUCGGUCUCAUGUGGCAGUCCUUCGCCCCCUCAGGCAUCAGCUGCGCAGCCCCAUCAGCUGCGUAGUGUGGCCGCCGCUGCAGCACACUGGCCGUCGUCCCACUCUGUCAGCGACAUCCUGGCGCAUCAUCAGGCGGUGGCCUUACGCGCCAGCUGCCAGGUGGGCAAUGCAGUGUCGCCGUUGCCCAUGACUCCAUCGCCAGUCACCGGCGCGGCAGGUGCCCAGCAGCUCCUCGACUGCGAGAGCGGCACACAGGUAAUGGCGGCUCAGCAGCCGCCCUACAACUAUUACAUGUAUUUUCAAAACGGUGGCAUGCACCAUCAUCAUCAUCAUGGCGGCAUGAUGGCUGCUGGCGCCACAGGCUUAUGAGAAUGAAGCAGUCGGCAAGUUAGUCAGUCGAUGUCAAUCAGUCAGUUUGUAUGUGGGCCAGGUUUAGAACCGCAUCUCUCAUUCGAUUUGCCAUAAAUUAAGCAACUUACUUUUUAAAUGCAACGUCAACUAAGGCCAGCGAAAGGUCAUACAUUCAUAUGAAGUACUUUAUUUUCAAGAUAAAUCUCAAACAAUUUCGAAUUCGUAAUUACUGGCAAAGAUUAGCGGUAUUCCUGCAAGUGAUUUUGAUUAGAUCAAUCUAUAUUAUAUCUAAAUUAGUCUUCUUAUAGAUAACACUUUACUUACCACAAAAAAUAUUCAUCCUAACAAUACAUUUAAGAAUAAAACACAUAAAACUAAUCUCAGCAAUGCUUCUCUAGAAAAUGCAAACGCAAAGGAACUAUAAUUUUGAAAGAAACCGAUACACUUGAGAUUUAUCUUUGUAAAUAUUGGGAACUAUCUAUUUCGCUGGCUUUUUUAGUCAGUUAUGCGUGAAAAGGUAACACCCCAGCUACAACUUAAUAUAUACAUAUUUGCAAACAUAGAUGAUACUGAUACUCUCUUUAAUUGUUAGUUGAGUACACUGCACUUUUCCUGGUUGCUCUUUAUAAACGAAUUUGAAGUAAA